GAAGCAUGAUGGGUUGUCUGCACUUCAGAAAGGCUUAGUGCCUGCUCUGUGGUUCCAGUUGGUUGUUAAUGGGGUUAGGAAUAUACCAACAUGCAGAUAACUACGGCCUUCUUCGAGACGACAAAAAUAACACAAAAUUCGUGAAUAGCUUGUUUUUCGGAUUUGUCGCCGGAAUGACUGGAGGGGCGGUGGGCAGCCCCCUCCAGCUAGUGAAGACACAGUUGAUGUCGUAUUCAUCGAAAAAAAUUGCAGUUGGAACCCAGCAUGGUCACCCUGGCACUGUGUACGCUUUCACAAGAUUGUAUAAAGAAAAUGGCUUCUUUGGAUUGUGGAGAGGCGCUCACGGUAUGAUGAUAAGGAACUCUACCGGGUCUGCGUCGCAAAUCGCUGCAUACGCUAUGUGCAAAGAAUGGAUGGAUAACAACAACUUAUUCCAGCAGUCAAAGUACCUGUCAGCUUUCGUCGCGAGCAACAUCGGUGCGGUGGUGAAAACAAUCACACUCACACCCAUGGACGUCAUUAUGACGCGUCUUUACAAUCAAUCCGUAGACGCACACGGAAAAGGCCUUAUGUACAGCGGAAUCGUGGACUGCGCCCGCAAGAUCACCCAAACCGAGGGACUUAUGGCCCUGUACAAGGGCAUAGGCCCUUCCUACUUACGUCAGGCCCCGCAUACCGUACUGCUUUUACUGUUUUGGGACAUGUUAAAAGAUCUACAGAAAAGUAUGGACUUAAAAUGAAUAUCGAGGGACAUUGCUGUGCUUUUUUUAACGUCGAACAGUCCCUUUAAUCUAUCCAAUAUACAGUAACCCUAUGCAAAAAAAAAAAAUGUAAGACAGUCCUAAAUCUAUGCACAUAAAUAUAUAUAGCUCAUGGAAAGCGUUCGGUGGCGAUAACGCGAGUUCCAAGAUUUUUGUUCACCCAUGAUUUCUCAACUCGCUUAAAGAAGUUUUCACCCCAAAAAUAUUAAAAACAAAACAAAUUUAUUACACUGAUCACAAAAAUAUAAAAUAUUUUUUUUACAUUUUGAAACAGGUGAUUGAAUUCAGUACCUAUUCUAGUAUUUUUUUCUGGUCCAUGAAACGGCUGAAAAGGAUUGUAUUGAUAGCGCCGCCGCACCGCGCCGCUCACAUUCUUUGUAGGAUGCUUCUUAUAAAAAGAUUUAUUUCAUUGUUUCCCUACAAUUUAACAUUGGACAGAUUUGAUGGGUCACUGUUGUGCGACGAA